AUGACAGUCGCCGAAAAUCCACAUUUCCCAUUACCAAGAAAUGAUGGAAUUUAUCAAUUAUGGCAGAUAGGACCAAUUGAGAUAUAUGAGGCUUUGGUUUAUCCAACCGGCGAAAGCUUAGCUGGUACAAUAGGAGCAAAGGUAAGAGAAUAUAGAAAAACAUUAAUUCUCUUUACUAAUUUAGUAAUAAUUUUGGGAUUAAUUGUAACAAUUGCGUCUGUUUUAAUUAUAAAGAGAGAAGACAAAAUCAUGAAGUUCUCAUUGAAAUUAUUACUCAGAGUUCCUUUCACUGUUUUAUUUACUAACAAAAGAGUUAUGGAACUUUUAGGAGGAAAUUACGAUUUACAAAUGGAAGACUCAACUGAAAAAACACUUGAAUUCCAUAAUGAAGUUGUUAAUAGACUGAAUGAUGUCGUAAUUGUUUGCAACAGCGAAAGUAACAAAAUCAUUACAGUGAAUGCCGCAUUUGAAGAAAUGUUCGGAAUCAAACAAGAAGAAGCUGAAGGAAUGGAUAUUGUUGAUUUCUUCAAUGAAAAAAGAUUUGAAUCAGAUGAAAAAGUAAGUAAAGUAUUUAGAUCAACAGCAAACUUGAUUUAUACCAACAAACAAGGAAUCAAGAUUUACUUAGAAUUCUCACAAUCAACAGUUUCAGGAAGAAGAAUCUUUUCAGGAAGAGAUCAGACACAAAAUGUUUUGCAUGAGAAAUUGAUUGAAGAAGAGAAGAAGAAGUCAGAUGCAAUGCUUGCAUCUAUCCUUCCAGCGAUGCUUGUUCCACGUGUUCAAGCAGGUGAGAAGAACAUCUCAUUCAGUGUUCAGUCAGCUACAGUCCUCUUCUUAGAUGUUGUUGAGUUCACACCAUGGUGUGGUAGCCAUGAUGCACAGUAUGUCAUGUGUAUGCUUAACAUCAUGUUCAAAGAGUUCGAUGCUAUCACAAAUGCACACAAGACAAUGACAAAGAUCAAGUGCAUUGGUGACUGCUACAUGGCCGCAGGUGGCAUCUUCGACGAAGUUAACCAACCUGCAGUCCAUGCUAAAGAAGUUGUUGACUUCGGCUGCUUAGUCAUCAAGAAACUUCUUGACAUUGACGAGAAAGAGAACGAGAAACUUCGUAUCCGUGUUGGCAUCAACACCGGUGGUCCUAUUGUUGCCGGUGUUAUUGGUACAGAGAAACCAACAUUCGAAAUCCUUGGUCCCGCGAUCAACAUCGCACACGAGAUGGAGAACAAAGGUGUUCCAAUGAAAGUCCACAUUUCACGUCCAGUCUAUGAACUUAUCUAUGGUCAACAGUUUGACAUCAAAGAGCGCGGCGAAAUUGAUGUUAAAGGCGGCAAGAUGUUCACAUAUCUUGUCGAACCAUAA